AAAAGAACAAGCUUCACGAGGGAAAUAGAAGUGUUUGAAAGGGUAACCUUUUCACCGGUCCUCUGCUAUUUGACUUGGGCCUGAAGCUUGCACAGGUUAUAUAAUAUUCACCUAGAAUUACCUUGAUCAGCAUGAAGGUUCUCUGCCUCCACGGAGCCUUUGGCAGUGCUUCCAACUUCAAAGUCCAGCUUGGCAUAUUCACUGACGCUACAACUCGACCUGGCGUGGAGUUCAAAUGGAUCAACGGGUUUGCGAGAGCGACGCCACCGCCUGGCUUUGACGACUACUUUGGUGCUCCGCCGUUGUACCGAUUCAUGGACAUUGAUGGCAUAAGCGAGCUGGAGCAAAUGAUUAUUAACAUUCGAGAUAUGCCGCAGGGCAACUCGCCUGAGGAGACGAUGCGGAAGCUGGUAGCCGACAAAGAGCAGUUUGCUGCUCCUGCUGUGAUUGAGACCAUAAGCCGGCUGCUACAGAUUCUGGACGAUGAUCCGGAAAUUGAUGGCAUUCUUGGUUACUCAGAAGGAGCAACGACGGCGGCCACCUUGAUUCUUGAAGAGCAGCGUCUCUUUCGAGAGCAAGGCCGGCCUCGACACAUCAAGAGCGCCAUUUUCUUUGCCGGUUGGCCCCCAGUUCGCAUCGUGGAUGGGCGCGUUCAGACGCUGCUCGCGGAUGAGCACGACGUGGUGAUUGAUAUACCGACGUGCCACGUAGUGGGCUGCAGUGAUCCAUAUAUUCAUGGCGCAGUCGCGCUGUACGGACUAUGUGACGAGGAUACGGCCAUUCUAUUCGAUCAUGGCAAGGGCCACACCGUUCCUAGAGACGAGGUAACGGUGAGAGAGCUUUCGGAGGCGAUUGAGAGGACUUUUGCCCAGGUGGCAUGAUGUGAUGCUGGCGGUUGAAUAGGGCAUAUUUCGAUAUAUAAGAGUCAAAGGAAGGAUGCGGACCAGCGUGUCGUUCUUUGAAAGUAAGACAUUUACGCCACAUUUUUGUUUCUCGCGUUUGUUAAUCACGGCUCGCCCUACUAUGCUGCAACAGCAACAGUGAGUCCUGAUUGGGGAAAAGAGCACCACCAAAGAUCUAUUUGUUGCUUUCGCGCAUUGAUAUUCUGCAGAAUAGCAAGUCUUUUGAUCGACUUUUUUUUUUAACGGAUUGAAGCGGCAUGCGUUUUCCUAUACUGUUGGCCGAAAGCGGUAGCAUCUGUUUUUUUUUUAAAUGUAUAGAAGCGGAUGUCUCACUUGGCAUUAUCUCCAAUAAGGAGGAAGUUGUAGCUUUACAAGCGUUUUCGGCUAGAUUUAAAACUAAG